UGCAACAUGAGCGUCCCCGACUACAUGCAGUGUGCUGAGGACCACCAGACUCUCCUCGUGGUGGUCCAGCCCGUGGGCAUCGUAUCGGAGGAGAACUUCUUCCGCAUCUACAAGCGGAUCUCCUCCGUGAGCCAGGUCAGCGUGCGCGACUCCCAGCGCGCGCUCUACAUCCGCUACCGGCACCACUACCCGCCCGAGAACAACGAGUGGGGCGACUUCCAGACCCACCGCAAGGUCGUGGGCCUCGUCACCAUCACCGACUGCCUCUCGGCCAAGGACUGGCCGCAGACCUUCGAGAAAUUCCACGUGCAGAAGGAGCUGUAUGGCGCCACGCUCUACGACUCGCGGCUCUUCGUCUUCGGGCUGCAGGGCGAGAUCGCCGAGCAGCCGCGCACCGACGUGGCCUUCUACCCCAGCUACGAGGACUGCGGGACGGUGGAGAAGAGGAUCGAGGACUUCAUCGAGUCGCUUUUCAUCGUGCUCGAGUCCAAACGCCUAGACAGGGCCACCGACAAGUCUGGGGACAAGAUCCCCCUCCUCUGCGUCCCGUUUGAGAAGAAGGACUUUGUGGGACUGGACACAGACAGCAGACAUUACAAGAAGCGGUGCCAAGGGCGCAUGCGGAAGCAUGUGGGGGAUUUGUGCCUGCAGGCCGGGAUGCUCCAGGACUCCCUGGUCCAUUACCACAUGUCCGUGGAGCUGCUCCGCUCAGUGAAUGACUUUCUGUGGCUUGGAGCUGCCCUCGAGGGGCUGUGUUCGGCCUCUGUCAUCUACCACUAUCCUGCUGGGACUGGUGGCAAAGCUGGGGCUCGGAGGUUCCAGGGCAGCUCUCUUCCUGCCGAGGCAGCCAACAGACAUCGCCCAGGGGCGCAAGAAGUUCUCAUUGAUCCAGGUGCCCUCACCACCAAUGGCAUCAAUCCAGACACCAGCACUGAAAUUGGACGUGCUAAGAACUGCCUCAGCCCUGAAGACAUAAUUGACAAGUAUAAGGAGGCCAUUUCCUAUUACAGCAAGUAUAAGAACGCCGGGGUGAUUGAAUUAGAAGCGUGCGUCAAAGCCGUCCGCGUCCUCGCCAUCCAGAAGCGGAGUAUGGAGGCUUCCGAAUUUCUCCAGAAUGCGGUUUACAUUAACCUGCGACAGCUGUCCGAGGAGGAGAAGAUUCAGCGGUACAGCGUCCUCUCCGAGCUCUACGAGUUGAUCGGCUUCCACCGCAAGUCCGCCUUCUUCAAGCGCGUGGCCGCCAUGCAGUGCGUGGCCCCCAGCAUCUCGGAGCCCGGCUGGAGGGCCUGCUACAAGCUCCUUCUGGAGACGCUCCCUGGCUACAGUCUGUCGCUGGAUCCGCAGGACUUCAACAGAGGCAUGCACCGAGGCUGGGCUGCCGUCCAGAUGCGUCUGCUUCAUGAGCUGGUCUACGCCUCGCGGAGGAUGGGGAACCCGGCUCUCUCGGUCAGGCACCUGUCCUUCCUGUUACAGACCAUGCUGGACUUCUUGUCAGAUCAAGAAAAGAAGGACGUGACACAAAGCCUGGAAAACUACACGUCCAAGUGCCCCGGGACCAUGGAGCUCAUCGCCCUCCCGGACGGCCUCCCGCUGCCGCCCGUGCCCUUCACCAAGCUGCCCAUCGUCAGGCGUGUGAAGCUGUUGAAUCUUCCUGCCAGCCUCCGGCCGCAGAAGAUGAAAAGCCUGCUGGGUCAGAGCGUGUCCACCAAGAGCCCCUUCAUCUACUCCCCGAUUGUGGCGCACGGCCGCGGAGAGGAGCGGAGCAAGAAAAUAGACUUCCAGUGGGUCCAGGGAGAUGUGUGUGAGGUUCAGCUGAUGGUGUAUAACCCAAUGCCGUUCGAACUCCGUGUGGAAAACAUGGGGCUGCUCACCGGCGGCGUGGAGUUCGAGUCUCUCCCUGCGGCGCUUUCCCUCCCGGCUGAGUCCGGGCUGUACCCGGUGACGCUCGUUGGGGUCCCGCAGACAGCAGGGACGAUCACCGUGCACGGUUACCACACCACGGUCUUCGGCGUCUUCAGUGACUGUUUGCUGGACCACCUUCCGGGAGUAAAGACCAACGGCUGCACAGUCGAGGUCACCCCUGCUCUGCCCAGGCUGCAGGCCAGCACCUCUCUGCCCAGGUCUGCACACUCAUUGCAGCCUUCCUCUGGAGAUGAAGUAUCUACUAAUGUGUCAGUGCAGCUUUACAAUGGAGAAACUCAGCACCUGGUCGUUAAACUGGAAAAUAUUGGGAUGGAACCACUGGAGAAACUGGAAGUCACCUCAAAAAUUCUUACCACCAAAGAAAAAUUGUACGGUGACUUCUUGAGCUGGAAACUUGAAGAAACCCUUGCCCAGUUUCCUCUGCAACCUGGAAAGGUGGCCACUUUCACCGUCAGCAUCAAGGUGAAGCUGGAUUUCUCCUGCCAGGAGAACCUCCUCCAAGACCUCGGCGACGAUGGCAUCAGCGUGAGCGGCUUUCCGCUGUGCAGCCCCUUUCGGCAGGUGGUUCGGCCUCGAGUGGAUGGCAAAGCGGCGAGCGCGGCUGAGAGCAGCCGGCCCGGGGACCCGAGCCACGUGAAGACCCUGGAAGCUGUCCUGAAUUUUAAGUACUCCGGAGGCCCGGGCCACGCGGAGGGCUACUACCGGAGCCUCUCCCUGGGGCUGCACGUCGAAGUUGAGCCAUCUCUGUUCUUCACCCGAGUCAGCACUCUGCCGGCAACCAGUACCCGGCAGUGCCACCUGCUCCUGGACGUCUUCAACUCCACGGAGCACGAGCUGACGGUCAGCGCCCGGGGCAGCGACGAGCUCAUCCUGCACGCCGGCGAGUGCCAGCGAAUGGCAAUUCAAGUGGAUAAGUUCAACUUUGAGAGUUUCCCAGAAUCCCCUGGGGAGAAGGGGCAGUUUGCAAAUGCGAAGCAGCUGGAGGAGGAGAGGCAGGAAGCCCGAAGCCUGGAGAUCAACAGCAAGCUGGACAUCCACUGGACCAUCCCCUCUCUGAAGCGCACGGGCGAGGCGAGCGUGGAAGGCCUCCUGAACCAGCUGGUCCUGGAGCACCUGCAGCUGGCUCCUCUGCUGUGGGACGUGCUGGUGGACGGACAGCCCUGUGACCGCAAGGCGGCGGCCUGCCACGUGGGUGACCCUGUGCGCCUGGAGGUGCGGCUGACCAACCGGAGCCCACGCAGCGUGGGGCCUUUCGCCCUCAGCGUGGUCCCCUUCCAGGACCACCAGAAUGGUGUGCACAGCUACAACCUGCACCACGCCGUCUCCUUUGUGGGCUCUGGCACCUUCCAUCUGGACGCAGUGCAGCCUUCGGGCCAGUCGGCCUGCCUCGGGGCCCUCCUCUUCCUCUGCACAGGCGACUUUUUCCUCCACAUCCGGUUCCAUGAGGACAGCUCGAGCAAGGAACUACCGCCGUCCUGGUUCUGCCUGCCCAGCGUGCACGUGCGCGCCCUGGAGGCGCAGGCCUGAGUCGCUCCCGCCCUGUUCUGGGUCCCUGUUCCUGUGGGGAAUGAUGGCCAGAGGGCCCACGGGGGACCCAGCCUGGCCCCUGCCAAUCAGACAGGGGACAAGGCCUUUGCUGCAAGCCCUCCCAUCCCUCUGGCCCCCAUCCCUCGCCUCCCCGUGUACCUGUGACUUCCUGUCUGGGCUGUCAGGGGCCCCCAGACAUGACAGCCUCCCCAUUCCCGCACUGUUCAUCAGGAUCCCCUUCUGGAGCUGGCGCUAAGGUGGCUGCUGACCAAAACCCAAAGCGUGGCCCCACCCAGCCCAGGUCUGGGAUCCCUGCACUUCCCUGCACCUGUCUCUGUGACCUGGGGUGCACAGCUCAGCCAGUAGGAAGAAAAGGUGAGCGUGAGGGAGGGGCACAACUCGCGUGGUCCUGGGGAGCCUCCCUCGGCCCCCCACCCUAGGCCCUUGGAAUCCUCCAAGGGCUGGCUCUUCUCCCAGGGGCCCCAAGGCAGCCCAGCCAGGAGAGGCAAUGACAUGGUCAACACCAAGAGGGCCCACUUGCCCUUGGCUGGUUGCAGGCCGGGCUCCACGCAGCCAUGGUUGUGUGUGUCUGUGACAGAUUCUCCAAUAAAGGCCCUGCCUUGCUUCUCUGCUGGCCCACCUG